AUGCCUCAGAUUAUGAAUAAUUUUGCUCCACCAACCCCAGCACCUGUUUAUCCAACAAAUCCUUUCCUAAAUCCAUUUAAUCUUCUUCCUAGUGAUUUCUCAGUGAGUAAACUAAUUUCCCUGGAGCUGAAUGGAGCUAAUUAUCAAGUCUGGAGUGCAAAUUUCACGAAUGCUUUAGAAGCCAGGAAUAAGGUGGGGUACAUUGAUGGUACUUUACCUAUACCAGAAGUUGAAGAUCAAAAUCAUCAAUUGUGGAAGCAAGCUAAUGGUAAGAUUUUACAGAGCAUUUCCACUUGGAAAACAACCCAAGAAUUGUGGUCAGAUUUAAAGGCUAGAUUUUCAGUGUCUAAUGCUACUAGAGUCUAUGAAGUGAUGAAGGAAAUUUCAAACAUGAAGCAAGGUAAUCAAUCAGUUUCAGAUUAUCAUACCAAAAUGAAGAGUCUUUGGAAUGAGCUCCAAGACUAUCAAGUCAUUCCUAAAUGCAAGCGUCCUUAUGACAUUGUCAAGCCUCUUCUACUUAAGAGAGAAAAUGAGAAAGUAAUGCAAUCUCUUAUGGGCUUAAAUGACAACUUUAGUGCAGUUAGUAGUCAGAUUCUACUAACCUUUUAA